UCAGUAGCGCAGUUUAUUUCGCGCAUGCGCACGAGGGGUAAUUGGAUAUCAAGUGGGCCAAAACAGCGUGUGAUAAAAUGCACAAGUUGAAGUCAUCGCAGAAGGACAAGGUUCGGCAGUUCAUGUCCUUCACGCAGGCUGGGGAGAGGACAGCCGUGUACUGCCUGACGCAGAAUGACUGGAAACUAGAAUUUGCCACGGACAACUACUUCCAGAAUCCAGACCUCUACUACAAAGAAUCCAUGAAAACCUCAGUGGACCGCAAGAAGCUGGAGCAGCUCUACAACAGAUACAAAGACCCCCAGGAUGAGAAUAAAAUAGGCAUUGAUGGGAUCCAGCAGUUCUGCGAUGACCUGACCCUGGACCCAGCUAGCAUGAGCAUACUUGUGGUGGCAUGGAAGUUCAGAGCGGCCACGCAGUGCGAGUUCAGCAAGAAAGAGUUUGUGGACGGCAUGGCUGAGCUUGGCUGUGACAGUCCAGAAAAACUGAAGUCAAUGCUUCCCAGACUGGAGCAGGAGCUGAAAGACACGGGGAAGUUCAAAGACUUUUACCAGUUUACCUUCAAUUUUGCCAAGAACCCCGGCCAGAAAGGUUUAGACCUAGAGAUGGCCGUCGCUUACUGGAAUCUAGUUCUCACAGAUCGCUUCAAGUUCUUGGAUCUCUGGAACCGCUUCCUGCUGGAGCAUCAUAAGCGCUCAAUUCCUAAGGACACGUGGAACCUCCUCCUGGACUUCGGAAAUAUGAUUGAAGACGACAUGUCGAACUAUGAUGAGGAAGGGGCUUGGCCAGUCCUCAUAGAUGACUUUGUGGAGUUUGCUCGACCGAUUGUGAGGGGGAAUAAGCGCAACAUGACAUAGUAGUUGCCCUAAAGUUUCAACCAGAAGAUGGAGAUUCUCCUGAUUUUCUUUUUGUUUGAAUGAGAAUUUUUUAUACAAUGAGCCAAAAAGACCCUACUUUUCAAAAAGACAGUCUGCAGUUUGUUGUUAGGAUCGUUCUUCCAACUGCAUAAGAUGCCUUGGCUGGGGAGCGACCUGAAACUCCAGUUCAAAGAGGACAGCAGCAACCGGAAAGAGAGAUUCUGUUUUUUUGUUGUUGUUUUUGUCGUCUGCUAUCAAGAAAAGACUUUGUAACUGCAAUAUGAAAAUGAUGGGUACCCUUACACUCAGCACUCGUGUGCAAAUCAUCGACGAGUGUGGCUUCCAACUGCUGCUGUCAACUCACUUUUACCUGAACCCUUGGCACAAUGAGGAGGGACAGUGACGGUGAACUUUCAGCACAUGCCGAGGAUUAAGUUAUAGAUGCAGUAGGAUGUGGCCUCAUGCAUUAUCAUUAGUGAAUGACACAGAGUGUUACAAAUCUGCAUGUGUAUGUCAGCUGGUGCAAAGUGACGGAUGCUGAUGUGAUAUUUGUGAGGAUGCAAAAAGUGAUCUACAUUAUUUUAGCUGAGAUUGUGAAUGUGUAGCUCUCUAACAAUCAAACUGAGAGCAGAGAAAAGUGUGCUUGCUGAUCAUAGUAUGUUUGUGAGUUUGUAAAUGUGUUUGUGUGGUUUUUUUUUUGGUGGGGGAGGGGGUUACAUUUUUGCCUCUUUUACAAUUUGAAAGAUUUUAAUUUGAUUUUUAUUAUAAUUUGCAGUCAGGAAUUUAUGAUUCACCUGCACUGAUUGACAGUGAAAAGUUUUGUAUUCACACUGAAAAUUGGAGACCGCAGGAUCGGAGCAUCCCUUCUGAGCUCAGCACCAGCAGAAUUGCUAUCCUUACAGUUGUGAAACACCCAUAGGGUACGCAUAGGAUUCAGACUACAUUUAAUAAUAAAUAUAUAUAUGGGGGGGAAAAGGCAGGUACCAGUGAGGUUGAUAAUCUUUAUUAGUAAACAAUUAGCGUUUAGGAUUUCUGAUUUUUGUUGAAAUGCUUCUGCGUUACAUUGUUGUUUUGACUAGUUUUUGCAGUGUGUGAGCUGCUGUACACAAGAGAAACUGACUGGCACGUUGACUGUUUUUUAUAAUCCAGGUGACGAUGACUUGCCAAACCUGCAAACUGCACUGAUUUUACACUUUUUCUGUUGUAGGUUUUCUUAUCAGAAAGCACUGUAUACAGCUACAUACCCAUUCAGUUUACACUUACAUGCUAGUAUUUUAAAAUGAACAUCUAUAUCCCAGCCAGAGGUAUUGUUACACUGUUAGUUUACACUGUUUGAGGCUUUUCAUUGAAUAAGAUACUUCAGCAGGGGCAACACGUAUGUGUUAAAGUACCACAAAAUUACUACAGAGAAAACUUUACUUUAAGAACACUGCUUUUAGAUGCCAUCAAGGGGUGACUGUGCAGUAAAGCUCUUCUCAAAGUGAAUGGCUACAUAACUGGAUAUGGGCACAAGUAUGCGGGAACACCCAGCUGUAAUGUCAGAUGUGGCCACAGGACUUGAAGCUUUUAACCCAAGUUAAAGUUGAAGUGUCGCUCUAAGUGUAUUUAUAGACAUAUACAGCUCUUUAUCUGGUCCCUAUUCCUGGCUUUAGAGCGUGACAGAAGGUUGAGCUCAGGUACCAGUCGUCCUCUCCCGGUCACAGUGAGCAACAGGCAGCUUUCUGCACAUGCAUAAGUAAUCCCCAAACUCUUUGUUCUCAAUAGCCACCAACUACAAUGUCUUGUUUGGCAAAAAGUUGUCGCCAUGAAUUAUUUUUUUUGUGUUGAAAUAAUGGUGGACUGUUUCCUGCAUCAGACUGUCCUGACAUCUUUGAACUACACAGGGAAUCGUUUGCCUUUUUUUUUUUCCCUUAAACUGAUAAACAUGUUUAAGAACUUAUAUUUAUGUAAACAGGUGUCAGUCAUGUACUAUGGCUGAGUGUAUGAAGCUUCAGAAGUUGCGGCAAAUCAUGAUGGAAAGGACUGACUGCAUAUGCGAUCAGAAACCAGCCUCAUCAUGUGAUUGUACGACAGCUACUUCAGGAGCAGGUCCAUGUGUCGUGUCUGUCUGUGCAUCUAAGCAAGCUAGAUACGUGAUGGUGCAAUGAAAAAUCCCAUAUACGUUUUUCAGUCAUGUCUGUGAAGGUUCUCAAUUGUCCAAGUUAUGACAGUUUGAAGUCCCAAAAGACAACUGGAAUUGGUUUUCCAACCAAGCCCAUUUGCCUUUUCAGAAUUAAAUCUAAACUUUUUUUUCUGAGUCUGUUGCAACUGCAAGAUGGUGGGAAAUGUUCUCCUUAGUUGACUGUUGUUGACUUUAUGAUCUGACAUGGUCUGUGCUCCACAAACGAGAAAACAAGACAUUUCUCAGUGUUCAGUUAGAUUAUGUGGUACGUUGUUUUUUGGGGGUUUUUUUUGGACAGAUGUGCGGUCAAACUGUUUCUAGUUAUACAGAUCAAUCUUUUAAAAACAGUAUUAUUUUUGCCAGCAAGAAAACAGGUAUUUACAGAAUGUUAUGUUUUGUCACAGAAGCAUACCUUACGUUGUUUUCUUCAAGAGAAUUUUCAAUAAAGCAUGUUCUUUUUGA